AUACUUAUACAAUCACAGUAACUAGCAAACAUUCUUUCAAAGAAUUGAGUACAGAAAUACACAAAGUUAGAGAAUAUGGGAACCUCAAUUGGGUUGAGGCAUUGGCCUCAACUCAUCUAUGCAAUUGCAUUUUGCUUAAUCGCAAGCAAUGUAGCUGCUAAUGAUGAUGAUAAGCCUUACUAUCAAAGCCACCAAAACAAUUAUUAUCCAACACCACCAAAUCAUGGACAACAGCCCCCAUAUUACUACAAGUCUCCACCUCCACCAUCUCCUUAUGUCGACAAAUUCUCUCCGUAUUACUACAAAUCUCCACCUCCUCCUUCUCCAUCACCACCACCACCUUAUGUCUAUAAAUCUCCUUCACCUCCAUCACCCUCUCCUCCCCCACUAUACGUUUACAAUUCACCGCCACCUCCGUCCCCUUCACCUCCACCUCCAUAUAUCUACAAGUCACCGCCUCCUCCAUCUCCUUCACCUCCCCCACCAUAUGUCUAUAAGAGCCCACCACCACCUUCUCCAUCACCACCGCCUCCAUAUAUCUACAAGUCACCUCCUCCACCAUCUCCUUCACCACCUCCACCAUAUAUUUAUAGGUCUCCACCCCCACCAUCACCUUCACCCCCUCCACCAUAUAUUUAUAAGUCUCCACCCCCACCAUCACCUUCUCCCCCUCCACCAUAUAUCUACAAGUCUCCUCCUCCACCAUCCCCCUCCCCUCCCCCACCAUAUGUUUAUAACUCGCCACCACCUCCAUCACCUUCUCCUCCUCCUCCAUAUGUUUACAAGUCACCACCUCCACCUUCCCCAUCUCCACCACCUCCAUAUGUUUAUAAGUCCCCACCCCCACCAUCACCUUCACCCCCUCCCCCAUAUGUAUACAAGUCUCCACCUCCACCAUCUCCAUCCCCACCACCUCCAUAUGUUUAUAAGUCUCCUCCUCCACCAUCUCCUUCACCACCACCACCACCAUAUGUCUAUCAAUCUCCACCCCCUCCAUCACCUUCACCACCACCACCAUAUGUCUAUCAAUCUCCACCCCCUCCAUCACCUUCACCACCACCUCCAUAUGUAUAUAAGUCUCCUCCUCCACCAUCUCCUUCACCACCACCACCAUAUGUCUAUCAAUCUCCACCCCCUCCAUCACCUUCACCACCACCUCCAUAUGUAUAUAAGUCUCCUCCUCCACCAUCUCCUUCACCACCACCUCCAUAUAUCUACAAAUCUCCACCUCCACCAUCCCCUUCACCCCCACCUCCAUAUGUUUACAAAUCUCCACCCCCGCCAUCUCCUUCACCUCCUCCACCCUAUGUCUAUAAGUCACCACCACCUCCUUCACCUUCACCACCUCCUCCAUACUACUACAAAUCUCCACCUCCACCUUCUCCAUCACCUCCUCCACCAUAUGUCUACAAGUCACCACCACCUCCUUCACCUUCACCGCCGCCUGUUUAUAUUUACAAGUCUCCACCUCCACCAUCUCCAUCACCUCCUCCAUAUCAUCCUUACCUCUAUAACUCACCCCCACCUCCCAUCUAUUAAGCUUCUUGCUAAAGCCGUAUGAAACUUUUCAAUGAAUUAUGUUAAACAUUGUUGUUGUUAAUUUGUAUUAAGCUUUUAUUUUUCAAUAAAACAAUCUGCAUUGGAUUAAGAACCAAAUUUUUGUUCUAGUUUAAUUGUGUAUGUAUGGUGCCAGUUCAUAAGUCUAUAUUAUAUAUUUCCUUUAGUUGUCUUGGUGAUUUUAUAUAGUUUAAUUUACUUAUA